CAGAUUUGCUUUUGAGCACAUAUCCAAGACUGGCAAGUAUCUGUGGUGGCUGGUUGCUGCACAAGUCCACAGAUUGGCUGGGGGUGGGCAGCGGAGAUUGGCUGUUAUCCCUCCAGAUUUAAAUGGAUACACCGGCCAGCAGCUACAAGCAGUGAAUGGGAAUGGAAAAUACACAAUGUACAUUGCUCCUUUACAAGAAGAACUGGAUACAAUUCCUUUACCACCAGAAGCAAAGGAAUUUGAGAAGAUGCCCAAAGCCCAAUGUACAACCUGCAAGAACAUGGUUCCACUUCAGAUUCUUCCAGGACACAUAAAGGAAUGCAAGAAAGAACUUGUAGAUUUGUGUGAUUCUGCUGAAGAAGAAAGCUGCAAGGAAGAAGAUGAUGUAUUCUCAGCUGCACUUUCCUACCAGACAGACAAGACAGCUGAGUGUCCUGUGUGCACAAAUACAUUUCAUCCUGACAUCAUUGAGAUCCAUGCAGCCAGUUGCGGAUUACGAACUUCAGAUGAUGAUGACCAUGAGUCAAGUCAUCCAAUCAGUACCUUUCAAAGUUCUGAGGACAUCUUGAAUUGGAUCGGUUGUCAAGUUGAUGAGACAAACACAUUUUCCAUCUGUGUGUCACGAACUGAUCUCUACAACAGAGCCAUGCAACAGUGGCAACGGCAGAAGAAGACCUCACCCAAAUGUAGACUUAAGGUCACAUUCUUUGCCGAGGCAGGCGUUGAUACUGGUGCCCUUACCAAAGAAUUCCUCACAGAAAUGCUGGUAGAAAUAGAAAAAAGACUCCUUGUUGAAGGUCCAGAUAGGAAAGGGAAGAAUCCUGUUUACUGCCUUAACAGUUUGGACUGUAAUUACUUCAGGACUGCAGGAGAAGUCAUGGCAGCUAGUCUGGCACAAGGUGGACCUUGCCCUAACUUCCUGCAUGAGUGGUGCUUCAGAUAUCUCUGCUCUGGUGACUCUGACAGUAUUCAAGUGUCUGCCAGUGAUGUCACAGAUUUAGAACUGUCACAGCUAAUUGUAAAGAUAAACAGCGCCAGUGAUGACAACAUCAGCGACCUGAUUGAUGACAUUGUAACCUUCAACUUCAUUCCAUUAAAUCUUUUGCAAGGACUGAUUAUAUCUUAGAUGUUUCUUUGUGUCACACAUAGACUUUCAAUGCACUGAACCAUUGAUAUAUAAAUGUCUCUGCCAAAUGAUUCUGACGAUGCAGAUGGAUCAAUCAUGGACUGUACAGUUUCCAUACUAGCUGGAGUCAGCGGGCACUCAAUUUCUGGGACGUCAACUCCAUAAGGUUCUUCAGGCACACCUUCAAACAUCUCCCAGUCAGUUCCAAACAGCUCCAUGUUCUGAAAAUAGUGUUAAUUUGUAUGAAACAAUCUUUAGAAAUAUUUGAAAACACUGCCAAGCACACAUUGACCUACAAAG